GCCCCACAUUUAGUAGUUUCCCACUGAGCGCCCACCCGGAGAUUUUUCCCCCCUCCAAUGAGCCCCCACACUUCCACUGGGAAUGAAUCCAACCCCAAGCCACAGCUCAUCUUCUGGGAAGCGAAAAUGAAACUGAGUGCAGCCUUUGCCCAGCCCCCCCAGUGAUGGGCAGCAACCAGUAAAACUGGCGCCUUCCACACCCUGGGACGACACGACUGCACAGAGGUCCGAGCCCUGGGCCGGGGGGUGGGCGGUUAAAGACCAUUUCGGCUUCUCAGGAGCUUCACAAACUCCCCCCGGACUACGUGAACGCAGUGGCGGACCUUGAUUUCAAAAAUGCCCGCUCGAAGGAGCAUGGCUUCCUGGUGUGACAGGUUGGAUACAUGAGGCGAUAACAUCAGAGCGGGGAUCAGACCGUUCUGAGCACACAGUUAGACCGGGCUUAGCACCGAAUGGCGCAGUCCGGGACCUGCUUUUAGACCUGGAUUUGUCUGAACUCUGACGCUCUCUCACUGCCUGUAGGAAAACGGGGAGUGCCAGGGUCUAAAAGUGUAACUCCCAGUUCCUGUUUCACAGUCUGAACUCACCCUGACUGGCUUUGAGCCUCCUGGUAACUGGCAACAAACAACGGAGUCCCUAUUUAAUUUUGGUUUCGUUUUCAUCCACUCGGUAUCUCUGCUGUUUGACUUCAGGAAAUUAAAUUUUGUCAAGGUAGCAAGUAAUUUCGACACUUAUUGUGUUUUCAAGUUUAUUGACUGUUGUUAUGAAAUAAAUGUUUUGUUCCUCUGCCCAAGAAUGUUUUAUUCCCAAUCCCUGACUGGAAUAGGGAGAGUGGAUUCCCAGAAUGUUGCUGAUCCUUUUCUCCAUCUCCCUGUGUUUUUCCCGGGUCUCUCCCGAAACUGACAGAUUUGUAGUUCUUUUCACGGCAACCUCUGGAAUUAGUGAUCUCCCAAAGGUUAUAGGUGUUGCUCUGCUCAAUGGUGUGUUAAUUGGUUACUUUGACACUAAUCUUGGUCGGACUAUACCGAAGAUGCAGUUCAUGGCUGAUAUUUUCGGUGAGGAUUACUGGGAAGAUAUCACAAAUCUUGAGAAGGCACGAGCAGAUGUAGCCACGGAACAUCUGAAUCUGAUAAUGAAGAGCACAAACCAGACAUCGGGAAUUCACACUCUCCAAUGGAUACGUUCUGUUGAGGUCAGUGAAGAUGGCUCUGUGAAGAGAUCGAUGAUAUUUGGAUUUGAUGGAAAGGACUACAUUAGUUUAGAGCCAGACAGAAUGAGAUGGAUCGCAGCAAAUCACUUUGCAGUGAUGACUAAAGAGAAAUGGGAUUCGGAUCAAUCCUGGAACGAAUUUUGGAAGACGCAUCUUGAAGAAACAUGUGUUCUCUAUUUAAACAGAUAUCUGGAAGUUGGAAAGGAUUAUUUCACAAGGAAAGUUCAGCCUGAAGUGUUCAUCUCCAGGAGGGAGCCCAAUGGUCAGGACAAGCCGCUCACUCUCUCCUGCCUGGUCACUGGGUUUUAUCCUGCAGACAUCGAGGUGACAUGGCUAAGGAAUGGAGAGGUCAUGUCUGGGACAUAUUCCUCGGGGGUUCGACCGAACCACGAUGGGACCCAUCAGAUCCAGAAAGAGAUUGAGAUCAAUGCUGGGGAUGAGGAUCAAUACUCCUGUCAAAUUGAACAUAGUAGCCUGGCAGAGGCCCAGCUCUAUCAGUGGGAAAUCCGAGAAAGGAAUGGAGGAAUCUUCAUUGGUACAAUAUUUGGAUUCGUGUUCACUGCUGUGGUUGUUAUUGGACUAUUCGGAAUAAUCAUGUGGAAAAGGUCACGGAGAGAGUCACCAAGAGACAGUGAAUGAUAUAGAAGGCAUUGAAAGAUGUAACACUCCUCACUCAGUCUCCAGUCCCUCAAACCCCAGUCUCUUCUCCUUUUCCUCAUCUCCACACUUCCCACUCCCUCUCCUUCCAAUCCUUCACACAUCAAUUUGUCAUCACCUUCCUCUCCCUCACUCUCCACCCCCUCAGCCUCUUCCUCCCCUGCACUGGGCUACACUGUCCAAAUCCUUCAUGACUGAACUGAGAAGGAACAUCUUCACCCAGAGGGUUGUUAAUCUAUGGAAUUCCUUGCCCAGUGAAGUAGUUGACGCUACUUUAGUAAACUUUUUUAAAGCUAAGGUAGAUACUUACUUGAACAAUAAAGGAAUUAAGGGAGAUGGUGAGAGGGUGGGUAAGUGGAGUUGAGGCCGUGCAAAGAUCAGCCAAGAUCUUAUUGAAUGGCGGAGCAGACACGACGAGCCAGAUGAUCUUGUUCUUAUGCUCUUAUGUUCAAUAAAUGACAUUUUAACUUA